AUGACGUCAGGAUACAACAAGACCAAGUUGAGGGAUUCUCAGGACCGAGUGAAGUUUGUAGGGAAUCUGAAUCAUACCGAGAAGAAAACUUGCAGUUUGAAAAUCUCUCAAGUCCGGACAGAGGACAAUGGCAUCUACGGGGCAAGACUUUUUGCUUCACAUUCUCGCCCAACUCAGCAAAAUAAGUGGUUUCUCAAAGCUACAAUUCAUGUUGCUGAUCCUCCCAAAGGUGUUCAGUUGAAAGCUUUCUCUAGAACAAAUAUUCGAGAGGGAGAGAAACUCUCUCUGGAAUGUACGAUCAAGAGCAGUAACCCCAAUGUUUCUGAAUAUUGUUGGUACAAGGAUGGUCUACUGAUGUAUGAAUGUCAGAAUCGCAACAAAAUCGAAUUUGUAACCAAAGGAGAACAGCAUUCUGGAACUUACAAAUGCGGGGCUAAGAACAGCGUUGGGAUGGAAAUGUCUGAAGAACUCAGAAUAGAUGUCCAGUAUCCGCCUAAGAAGGUUCAAGUCAAUGGGUUACCACCACAGGGGAAUAUCAAGGAAGGAGCAAGAAUGGACUUGUGGUGCUCUUCUAAAGGAAAUCCACCAGUCACUCAUUAUGAAUGGUAUAAAGAUCAAGACGCUGAUGUGUUCAGAACUGGCCAACAGCUGCAAUUUGAUUCGCUUGAGUUCAGAAAUGCCGAUGCGCCAAAAGAUGUCCGUCUUGCCAUUGAAAACCCCCAGCUGCCCAUAAAGGAGGAAGACACAUUGCCCCCCAAAGAGGUAAAAGUCAUCCAAAACCCAGGAACUCAGAUUUACGAAGGCAAACAUGUUCUCUUAGGAUGUGAAGUGGUCAAGGCGAACCCUGCAGUCUCCAGCUACAGAUGGUACAAAGAUGGGGAACUGCAGAAGUCGGAUCCUAUAUCUGCCGAUCUGACCUUCUCUGCUGUCACUCCAGCACAUUCUGGGAGAUACUGGUGUGAGGCCACAAACAGUGUGGCUACUUCUCGUUCCCAAGAAAUUAUGCUGAAUGUCUAUUAUGGACCCCGCAAUGUUCUCCUGUCUCUGGAGAGGCAAGCGACAGUGACAGAGGGAAUGGAUGUCACGCUGCUUUGUGCUGCUGACGCCAACCCCCCUCCGACUUAUUUUGAGUUGUACAGAGAUGAUGAAAAGAAGCUGGAGAAACCAGACCGAAUCCUGAUCCUCCGAAAGGUUGAGAUCGAAGAUUCGGGGGACUAUCACUGCAUAGCCUACAACAAAGUCUCCGGGGCAGAGUCACAAACCUUCACCCUCUCUGUGUCCUACAGCAGAACUACAAAGUUGAAACAUGGACUGAAAGGCCUUGGUGUCAUUCUAAGCUUCAUCAUCAUUUUGGGGAUGCUCAUCUUUGCUCUGAAGACAUGGAAGAAAAGGAGCAGUUCAGGAACUCCCAGGACAGAGCGAUCUGGCUCAUUUUUUGUGAGGAAGGCCAAGCCAGAAGUUCCAAGCCGCAACAGAGCCAAUGAAGGAGCUGUCAACCCCAGUGGAUUCCUGAAUGAGGGUGCAGAAGAAGCAGUCAGUUAUGCCAUGCUUCGCUUCCCCCGUGGUGGUUCUGAGGAGGAAGAUGAUUAUUCCAGGGUCACUGCUCCAAGACUUGCACUGGAUCCCUCAAAAGAAGAAGUGGUCUACAGUGUGAUAAAGAAACCUGGGCUCCUUUCAAAGGGAGACACCAAGCAUGACUAUGAGAAUGUGGUAGCCCCGAAAGAAGAGGAGCUGCAUUACUCCUCCCUGGUGAACCUGGCCCCACGGCCCCGCCCCACCUGCAGAGACUCAGAGACGGACUCGGAAUCAGAGGACAGCAUCCAGUAUGCGGCUCUCAAGCACUGACCCUCUCGAAAACAAACGAAAGCAGAAAAGCUUCUGAAUGAACUCCUGGAUCUAUAUUGCAGCUUGCUUUCCGCAGCCCAGGAUCAGACUGGUUGGGAGGGUAGAGGAGGAGGGAGGAACUUCCUAGACAGGGUGACAAUCCAGGCUGAAUCAGCCAGAAUGGGAGCGGUAGAAUGCGGGCAUGUGUUUGGGCAGCAGAGGCAAUCGACGUCCUGCCUCUCAACACAAUUUAGUGAUGGAGACAUUUCCCGCAUCGUGCCUUUCCUAUAUGAAAUUGUUGGCAAGAACUGCUUAUACCUCCCCUAUCUUGAUACCCUCCAGAGCAGCGAUUCGCAAAUUGUGUCAGGGGUUCACCUUGAGAGGGGCUGGAAAAAGAAAGCCUAUAAAUUAGAUGCAUCCACCACUCUAUGUGGCUCGGUACUGGCAGCUCUUAUGCAUCAGUGACCCACCCCCCUUGCCUAUAUGUGAGCAGUUACAUCAUCCCAAGGGAGGAAGGAUACAUGAGGAUUCUCUUGCAUGACAAGACACAGGCAUGGGGGAAUCCUAUAAGCAUUCCCAUUGCCCAGAAAGCACCAGUCCCAUCCAUGAGCCAUGACUGGUUGGGCUUCUGAGAUCUGACAAGAGGGUGGGACUAAAAGAAGCAAUAUUAAUUGGCUAUCAGACCAUUGGAAAGAGGAUGAAGAAGAGUAACCAAUUUGGCAACCAUACUUGCACCUCACUGAGUAGAAAAGGAAAAGCUUUCUCUGACAUGAAGCAAUGGCAAAAUAUAGAUCUUGCCAAUUUCUAUUCAUCACCCCUUUCAAGCAGAAAGCCCCCAUCUAGUAAAAAUCAGAGCAAUAGAAUUUAGGCUGGAGUCAGGACAGAACCUGGUAGACUGUGGGCCAAGCUACAAGUGACGAAUGACACUUGAACGGCAACUGUGUUUCUCUCUGUUCACUUGCCCUCCACUCAAUCCACUUGCCGUUCAAGUGUCAUUCGUCAUGUGUAGCUUGGCCCUGAGGCACAAGGAGUUAGAUCUCGGUGUGCCGAGGGAGAUAAGGAUGGAGACUGAUAGCGAAUUAGCUUUACCAGGCUGCCUUAGAAGUGUACUAGCUUUUCAGGAGGACUAGUUAUGCACCAAUAUACAGUUUUACUUGCUGGACCAGUAAAAUAAUGGACAAUGGGGCUCCUGCGAUCUUGCAUCUUACAGCAUUUUUUUUAGCAUUCUGUGUUACGGCAGAAUGCUUCUUGUCCGCACGACAGAUUUCCAGCUGUUUUCCCGCAGUUUUGCAGAGCUAUAUUUUGGCUAUAUGCGGUCUGCUUUCAAGAGUGGGCCAGGAGACUCAGGAAGGGCUAGAGCUCAACAACAAAACCACAAACUAUAAUAAGAGCAUUGUGUUGUUAUUUGAUUGUAUCAGUCUCAGUUUUGCCCUGGAACUUCCCAGUA